UAAAAAACAGAAAUGUAGUAAAAUGUAAUAAAAACACACUACUACAAAUCUGUAAAGAGUUGCCCAAAAGUUGACAUGUGCUUUGUUUUUUAAUAUUAGGAUACUUCAGUAUUCAAAGCACAUUGAUGUGAGUCCUGCAUUGUUAUGUAUACAGACUAUAUACAAUUGAGCAUUAACAGCCCAAUUUCCCUAACAUGGUGUGAGCUAAUUAUAUAAGACAUUGUCUGCCACAACAGCACUUGCUAAACUUACCAUGCCAUGGACUGAACCACCUGACUAAUUUCUUUCCUGUGCACAAUUUAUUUUACACAAUUAAAUAUACUGCGUUCUGUUUUUGUCCAAUGUUCCCUAUAUGCUUGUUUUAUUUCUAUUCUUAUUUUAGUCUAUAAAAACAUGAUAACAUAAAUGUAGUCAAAAUGUUUCAAAAGACUGACAAGGGAAGCUCCACCAAUCAAAUUAUUGGUGAUUUUGAUGAUCCAAACAACUCAUUUCCAGACGAACCGCAAGCACAACUUAACAUGCAAGAUGCAGAUGACUGCCUUCCACCCAUAGGUGAUACUGCUCGGCAACAUUCAGACAGCAAUGUACAAUUUCGUGGUUUAGCUGCAUUACCCCCUGGCCACGUGCCAUCUUACCGGGCAGUUUUUCUGAUUGCGAAUGCUGCAUUAGGCGCAGGGUUGUUGAAUUUCCCUCAAGCAUACAUGAAUGCUGGUGGAAUUGAAAUUGCAAUAACACUGCAAGCUGGUCUUCUAAUUUUUAUCAUUGGUGCUUUUCUGAUCUUGGCUAGAUGUGCUGAUCAUUCACAAGCUGCGACUUAUCAAGAUGUAUUGCUGUAUAUGUUAGGAAAGCGAGUGAAAAACGUGUCACAGAUAUUCAUUGCUUUAUACUUUUUUGGAAGUGCCAUGACUUAUAUUAUUAUCAUUGGUGAACAGCUUUCUUCAGUAUUGGAGUUUGCUAGUAAUACUUCUGGAAAUUGGUACACUGACAAAAGAUUUUUAUUUUGUUUGUUUGCUUUGCUUUUCUUGCUUCCACUUUGUAUCCCAAGACGACUGAAAGCAUUGAGUUAUACUAGUUUUUUCGGUGGAGUUGGUGCUUUCUUCAUUGCGUUUGUGAUUGUAUACAAAUAUUUCAAAUUAGAACGAAAAAAAAUUAUCCAACCAGACAAAGUAAUUAAUACUGAUUGGAAGAGUGCAUUCGCUGCAAUACCUGUCAUUUGUUUUGGUUUUCAGUGUCAUGUGUCAUCAGUUGCAGUGUAUGCAGAAUUAAAAAACAGAAGCAUCAAGAAAUUCUUUUCGUGUGCCAUGGUUGCUAUGGUAGUGUGCACGAUUACGUAUUGUUUGUCUGGUAGUUUUGGUUACAAAACAUUCGGCUCGCUAACAAAAGCCGAUAUUUUAGAAAAUUACAGUAAUGACGACACACUGGUGAACAUAGCACGGAUAUCAAUCGUGUUUAUUUUGUUGUCAUCAUUUUCAAUCGUAACCUUUUGCGCCAGAACGGUAAUUGAUGGUAUGGUGUUGUCAGUGCGUAACAUGACUGUAGAAGAAGGCGAACCCACUGAGCGACGUCGCCGUGUUAUAGUAACACUAUGCUGGUUUGCCGCGUGUUUAUUUAUCGCGUCAGUGGUGCCAGAUAUUGGUGUUGCUAUCGCAGUGAUAGGGGGUAUCGCUUCUCUCUUCAUUUUCGUAUUUCCAGGGUUGUGCUUACUGCAGACUGUCGACUUGAAAAAACGAAAACUCUCUCCUACAGAUAUCUGCUUCGUUGUUAUAUCUGUAGUGUAUUUAGUUGUUGGAGCGUUCAUAUUUGGAGAAGUGACGACACUGGCUUUGCAGAGUGAUAUUACUGGUAAACAAUUACAAUAACCAACUUUUGAACACAUCUUCGAACCUCAAAUUUCAAAAAAUAAUAAUAUAGAACUUCAUAAUUUAAAUUUUUGUAAGUAUAAAAAUGGUUUCUUAGUUAAGUGACUUUCCUUGUGAAACCCACUCCAACGUUAUGUUGUUCGUACGCGUAUUAAUAUCGCGCGGAGAAAAAAUCUAUUUCGCGCUUACUAGUUUUCGCGCGGGAAAAAAAUCUAUUUCGCACAUACUAGUUUUCGCGCGGAAAAAAAAUCUAUUGCGCGCGUACUAAUUUUCGCGCAAGUAACUAGGAAAAAAAAAGAAAAAUACGUUUAAUUUAAACUAAAGAAUUAUAUUUUACUUCUUAAUUUUUAUCGUAAUAACGAACUAUUUUUUCUAGAAUGCGCGAGAAUAAAUACGCGCGGAAAUCAGUACGAAUAAAGUAUUGUUGAAGUAGGAAACGAGACAUUUACAUUUCGAAAAUAUAUUUUUUUCCAUGAUUUUUAUAUUUUAUAUGGUAUAAUAAUCCUUAAAAUGUAGGUACAUUUUAACUGAAAAGUUUGCAAGUAUCUCUGUACGCAAAAAAAACAAAAAAAAAACGUUUUCGUGAAUUUGUGUUAUAUUGGCUUUUUUUCGUGCGAAAAACUAAAGUCAGUUUCCACAACAACUUGACUGACUUUAAUCUUUGAUACUCACUUAGCUGACUAUCAGAACUUUCAGUGCUUUUAAAAAUGACAUAAAAUCGAAAAGAGUGCGCUACACCUCAAUGUGAAGUUCAAAUUUUACCGCCUACUCAAAUUUUUCAUCGGCCUUGGAUGACGAAGGCAAGUCUUUUUUUUUACAAGAGAACUUUGUUACUUGCUGAACGAAAUUUAGUUAGCAAAUAAUUCACAUCCAAGAGAAUAAACGACAAUAAAACCUCUAUAAUACCCUCUAUCAGUGAAGACUAACUUAAAUCCCAAAGCAAAAAAGAUGUGACGUUUGUGUGACUGGCUAGUGUAGUGUAGAUUCAGCUUUUUUUUUGUUUUUUAAACUAAUUGUUGACAUUCGUAUACUUUUUACAUAUUUUAGCAUGUAUAAAAAAAUAGCAUGAAUUUUAAAAUUUUGAUAAAGAAUAUAAUAUUGCACAAAACGACCAA